AUGGCUUCGUUGGAUGAUAUCUUGGCUGCGAUAAAUAAGCAAAGCAAAGAUAUGCGAGAUAUUAAAGUCGAGUUAGGUGGAAAGAUAGAUAGCAUGACAUCUCGUGUGGAUCAGCAAAGUCGAGAGAUACAUGACCUACGGAGUCAAGUUGAUCAUGUUCGAGAUGACAUAGAUGAUGUUGUGGAUGCUCGGAUGAAGGCUUAUGCGGAGGCCUUGUUAAGGAAGGUUGAUCAAAACAUGGAAAAGAAACUCGAUGAGGUUUUCGAUAAGGUUGCUACUCUUGAAGAAAGGGGAAGUCAUAAUGAUGCUAAACGUGAAGAAAUCCACCUUGGCAAACAACCUAUGGGCUCAACAAGUGUUUUCCCAAAUCGAUCUAUCCAAGUUGAUGAUUUUGGCGAAAGGCGUCAUACUAGUCCAAGGCCUACAUCUAUCCAAGGCCGAGGAGGAAGACGGGAUACUACCAAAGAGUUACUUGAUGAAUUUGACUUGGAAGAAGAUAUCCAUAACCGAAGGAGCCGAGUUCGAGUUAAUGAGGUUGAUGAUAACAUGCAGUCCAUCAAGUUCUCCAUACCACCUUUCUUAGGAUCGGCUGAACCUAAUGAGUUUCUUGAGUGGAAAAGCAAAGUGGAGAUGAUGUUUGCAUGUCAUAAUUACUCGGAGCGCAAGAAAACUCAGCUUGCUGUUGUGGAGUUUAAGGAGUAUGCUCUUGUUUGGUGGGAGAAGAUACAAGCUGAUAUUGCAAGGUCCGGAAUGCCUCCGAUUGAGACAUGGGCAGCCCUUACUCGAGCUAUGCAUGCACGUUUUGUGCCCCCGCAUUAUCGGAUGGAUCUUCUUAAGAAAAUUCAGUUUUUAGUCCAAGGUAGCAAGACGGUUGAGCAGUACUACAAGGAAAAGGAGAUGCUUAUGAUGCGGGCUCAGCUUGUGGAAGAUGAUGGAGUCACCAUGUAUCGGUUUCUCAAAGGGCUGAGGCGUGAUAUUAUGAUUCAAGUGGAUAUGUAUCCUUACAAUUCUACUUUGGAACUUGUCCAACUUGCUACCAAGAUUGAAUCGCAUGGAAAGGUAGGAGUAAGUGUGAGCUUUGGAAAGACGUCACCAAAUUUCAACAAGUUUGGGGGUAAUACGGGACCAACAAAAUCUUGGCCCAAAGGAGAUGAUAAGCACACGACCAAGAAUGAGCCGCUUAAGGUUGUUAAGCGUGAUGAACCAAGGAAAGUCAGCAAGGAUGGUUCACCAAACAAAGCAAAGGAUGCCACAUGCUUUAAGUGUCAAAGGACAGGUCAUUAUGCCAAUACAUGCUCUAAUGUGCGAACUGUUGUGCUUUGUGACAAUGGGGACUAUGUACUUUUGUCGGAUGAUGAGGGUGAAGAUUGGGAACAUGAAGUUGAGGCGAGUGUGGAUGAAGCAAUCCAAGAGACGGAAGAGCACGUUGAAGAGGAUUCAUCCGGGGAGUCUCUAGUGGUUUUGCGAAUGCUUGGAGCAGUUCCCAAGGAGUCGGAAAAUUUUGUUGAUCGGGUUAAGGAGCAACGGGAGAAUUUGUUCCAUUGUCGGUGCAAGAUUGGUGGGAAGCGAGCGUCGAUAAUCAUUGAUAACGGAAGUUGCACCAAUGUCGUAAGUUGGUAUGUGGUAGACAAGCUUGGACUCCAAACUAUCAAGCAUCCAACUCCAUACCAUCUUCAAUGGAUGAACUCUAGUGGAGAUAUGAAGAUCACUAGGCAAGCCAAAGUUCCAAUUUCAAUCGGCUCCUACAAAGACGAUGUCCUUUGUGAUGUUACUCCGAUGACCGCAUGCCAUGUGCUUCUUGGCCGACCAUGGCAAUCCGAUAAAGGAAUUAUCUAUGAUGGCAAGACUAACAAAGUUAGAUUUUAUGACAAGGGCUACAAGGUAAUGAUUCAUUCUUUACCAUUGAAGAAGGUUCGAAAAGAUCAAGAAAGUUUGCGAAAGAAGAUGCAAGAGGCUGAAAGCCUUAAAAGAGCUAAGGAAAAGAAGUAUCCACAGAGGAAACGAGAGAGUCUACUGCUAAGGGUUCCAACAUCCUUCUUUCACUUACCGACUUUCAGAGAGAAGUUAGAUGCAUACCCGGAGGAACUACCACAAGGACUACCGCCCAUUCGCAGGAUAGAGCAUCAAAUUGACUUCGUACCUAGUGCUUCGAUCCCAAAUCGUCCUACAUAUCGGUGCAACCCAGAUGAGAAUAAGGAGAUUCAAAAACAAGUCCAAGAACUUCUUGAGAAGGGAUGGGUUCGGGAGAGCUUAUCACCAUGUGCUGUUCCUGUUAUCAUUUACCCCAAGAAGGAUGGAACUUGGAGGAUGUGUGUGGAUUGUAGAGCGGUGAAUGCGAUUACAAUUAAGUAUCGACACCCAAUCCCGCGCCUUGAUGACUUGCUUGAUGAGAUCAAUGGAGCGAGAAUCUUCUCCAAGAUUGACCUUCGGAGUGGAUACCACCAGAUUCGUAUGCAACACGGCGAUGAAUGGAAGACGGCAUUUAAAACAAAGCUAGGUUUGUACGAUUGGUUGGUAAUGCCAUUCGGUCUAACUAAUGCUCCUAGUACCUUCAUGCGGUUAAUGAAUCAUGUUCUACGUGCUUUCAUUGGUAAAUUUGUUGUAGUAUACUUUGAUGAUAUUCUUGUCUACAGUAAAAGUGAAAAGGAACAUGUGGAGCAUGUGCGACUCGUCUUUCAACGGUUAAGGGAAGAAAAACUCUAUGCUAAUUUUAAAAAGUGCAUAUUCCACAUUAAUGAAGUUGUUUUUCUUGGGUUUGUAGUUAGCGAGGAUGGCUUGAAGGUUGAUAAAACGAAAGUAAAGGCAAUUAAAGAAUGGACACCUCCAAUGAAUGUGGGAGAAACUAGGAGGUUUUUGGGAAUGUGUGGAUUUUUUCGGAGGUUCGUGCCUGGUUUUAGCUUGAUCGCUGCUCCUCUCACGUCCUUGCUCAAGAAGGGAGUCCCAUUUAAAUGGGAGCAAGCACACCAAGAAGCGUUUGAGACAUUGAAGGCAAAGCUUACUCAAGCACCAGUACUUGCGCUACCAAAUUUUGAGAAGACCUUUGAGCUUGAGUGUGACGCUUUGGGCAAAGGCAUGGGUGCAGUUUUGCUUCAAGAAGGUCGACCCAUAGCCUAUCAUAAUGACAAAUUUAGAGGGGCUGCCUUGAAUUACUCUACAUAUGACAAGGAGUUGUAUGCGGUGGUACGGGCUUUAAAGACAUGGCAACAUUAUUUGAUGCCACGAGAGUUUGUGAUACACACCGAUCAUGAGACCUUGAAGCACUUGAGGGGGCAACAACAGCUGAAUCGAAGGCACGCACGAUGA